AUGGUACGAAACUUUUUUCAUGCUAAUUACGACGACUACGAAACAUUGGUAUUGAUCAAUUGCAAACGCAAAUGCAGUUUCUUCGCUUGCACCUUUGUGUGUUUUACCGAAUUGACUAUUAUAUCUUACAUUUUUACUCCGCUUAUUGGGAAUCUGGGAAAGAACGAGACUGAAAGGUUGCUGCCGUUUAAAAUGUGGGUUAAUCUGCCCAUGCAAAAGACGCCAUAUUUUGAAAUCGGAUAUAUCGCACAGACAAAUAUUACAGUAAAUCUGAUGCCACGUUUCGUUUUAAACUAUCGUUUCCAGACGAUUUCUUUCAUGAAAGAUGUAUUUUUACAGACUCUAAGCUUGUGCACUAUUGGAUUCGCAUAUCUUUGCAUAGACAAUAUGCUAUGCAUCAUAAAUCUUCACCUCGCUGGACAAUUCCGAAUACUGCAAUAUAGAUUAUCCGACAAAUAUACUGCACAGGAUCAAAACAAUGUCGAUCAGGAAUCGAAAAACUUUUUGUACCUCGCGAAUAAUGCUUCUGACGUCUUUAAAAGUUACAUUCGACAGCAUCAGUCGCUCAUGGAGUAUUGCGAUGAAGUUGAAGCAGUAUUCAGCAUUGUUCUACUCAUACAAGUGUUGACUUUCAGUAUGUUGAUUUGUUUGGAUGGCUACCUAAUACUUGUGGCAGAAAUGGCUCAGAGGAAAGUUAUGUUUAUUUGCCACUUCGCGGCUACUGUUUGUCAGUUAGUGAUGUUUUCGUACGGUUGUGACUGCAUCAUUCGUGAAAGCACGAAAUUGGCCACAGCAGCGUAUUCAGGACCCUGGUUGCAAUUACCUCCGACUAAAAGUGUGAGGGAGGUGAAGAAAGAUUUGAUAAUGCUCAUCAUGAGGUCUAAUAUACCUUGCUAUCUUACGGGCAGCGGAUUCUUUAUAGCGUCUUUGGAAACGUGCACUAAGGUGCUAACUACUGCGGCAUCAUACUUCACACUGCUACAAGAGACGCAAAAUAAUAUCAGUGCAUAG